AUGUUCAACCAAGAGUUUUCAUUUCCAGCAAAGAAAGUACCAUCAUCAACUCAUGAAUCUCCGAGUAUUGACAAUGAGCAACAGCAACCAUUCGAGAAACCUGUAAGGAUGGAAAAACCACCCAUUCAAAAUGAUAUUGAAGAUUAUGGCCUUAUUGGAAAUUGCCACACAGCUUGCCUUGUUGGUAUGAGAGGAUCCAUCGAUUAUUGUUGCUUUCCACAAUUCGAUUCUCCUCCAAUCUUUUCCAAACUCAUUAGUAAUCAACCUGCAGAGACUUGUGGAUUCUUUUCCAUUCAUCCAAUGCGUAUUGAAGAUACCACGAAUAAGCAACAUUACUUUCCCGAUUCUAAUGUAUUGGUCACCAAGUUCUUGUUGAGUGAAGGUGUUGGUCAAUUGGUUGAUUUGAUGCCUAUUUGGUCUGAUAGUGGUGUUCAUCCACAACAAACCGAAACGAUGAAUGAAUCAUCAACAAACUGCUCAACAAUUGAAACUUGUUGUCCUAUUACAAAACUCUUCAAUUUGUAUCACGGCUUCCAUAGACAAUUAGUGAAAACCAAUAGUUCACAGUAUAGAAAUUGCAUUAUUAGAAGGUUGGAAAUUGUGCAUGGAAAGAUUGAGUUUCAAAUUGUUUGUAAACCAAUAUUCAAAUAUGGAGCAGAGAAACCUCAUGUUGAGAUAUGCUCAAACAAGAAGAGUGUCGUCUUUUCAUGUUCUGACCAGGCCAUUAUUCUUGAAUCUAAUAGACCAUGCUUCGAAAGCAUAGAUGAAAAGGGAGCAGUCAUUGGUUUGAUUGAAAUGAGUGAAAUUGAUCCAGAGAAGAGUUGUGUAUUCUGUCUGAGAUAUUUAGAACAGGGAGAUAUGAAGGGAAAUCAUGAUUGUCAGACCUUAUUGGAUGAAAUGUGCAUUAAUGAAGAUUUGAUGCUUAUCACCAAUGAUCUCACUAUUAAGACCAUUAAUUAUUGGCAAAAGUACAUUUGUAAUAGUAAUUACCAAGGAAUUUUCAGAGAGAUGGUCAAUAGAUCACUUCUAGCUCUCAAACUUUUAAUGUUCAACGAGACAGGAGCUAUAAUUUCAUCUCCAACAACAUCACUUCCCAAGUCAAUUGGUGGUAAUAGAAAUUAUGAUUAUAGAUUUUGCUGGAUAAGAGAUGCCACCUUCUCAGUUAAUGCUUUCCUCAAGACUGGAAUGAUUGAAGAUGCUGCAAAAAUUGUUGGAUUUAUUGAAAAGACAUUUGAUUCUGAAAAAUCAGAUUCCAAACCACUUUCCAAUAUUUACACAAUUAUGGGAAAGAAAUUGAGCGGUUCCAUUCAAGAAAUCUCCAAGUUUAGUGGUUUCAAGCAAAGUAUGCCUGUACGUGUUGGAAACAUGGCUUCCAAUGCAAUAGAAUUGGAUAUUUAUGGUGAACUGUUGGAUUCAAUCUAUAACUUUGACAUUGUCAGACCAAUUUCUUACAACUUUUGGAUUAAGUUGAAAGAUGUAGUUGAAUUUGUAAUUGAAAAUUGGAGAAAUCCGGAUCAUUCCAUUUGGGAAAAGAGCAAUAAUAAGUGUCACUUUGUAUAUUCCAAAGUCAUGUCAUGGUGUUGUUUGGACAGAGCAUUGAGAUUGGCUGAUAGAAGAAGUUUCCCUGCUCCAAAUGAUAGAUGGCUCAAAAUAAGAAAUGAAAUCUAUGAGGAUGUAAUGAAGAAUGGAUACAAUGAAAAGAUGAACACCUUUGUACAAUCCUAUGGUUCUGAAGUUCUUGAUGUUUCUCUCCUUAUUAUGCCAAUUAUUGAUUUUCUUCCAAUUUCAGAUCCAAGAAUGGUCAACACUAUCAAUGCAAUCAAUAAGAAACCAAAAGAAGGUGGAUUAGUUACCUCAUCCCUUGUCUACAGAACCAGUGAUCAUCACAAGAGUGAAAAGUCAGCCACAGAGGGCACUUAUAAUAUGCUCACUUUUUGGCUAUUGAGAGUUUUGGCCAUGAUGAGUGAUUAUGACAAUAACAAGCUCAGACAAGCCCAACUCAUGUUCGAACAAAUAUCCACCUUUAGUAAUCAUGUCGAUCUCUAUAGUGAAUUGACCUCCUUUAGUGGUCUCAUGUUGGGUAAUUUUAUCCAUUCCAAUACUCAUAGCUCACUCAUUGUAGCAGCUGUUGAAUUGGCCAAAAGAAUUGACAAUACAAACCUCUAACUACUCUCAAAAACGAUUCCCAACUCUAUUGAAAAUUCAAGAUCUCAACAUCACCAGACCUUCAAAGUUAGUUUCUAAAAAGUUGUACAAUAAAAAAAUCCUU